GUUUGUACAGAAACAUCAGAAAUGGCUUCAGUUAUUCCAACAGAUCCGGCCAUAGAUAUCCACAAUGAAUUGGCGUUGCAUCUUGGAACACAUAUUGUGAAGAAAAAAUUACAUCAACUUAAGAACCUGUUCAGAAAUAAUCCAUUAACCCCAGUCGACAUUGCUUCGAUUAAAAACAUCUAUGACCUAUUCAACAGUCUUAUUAGAUACAAAACAAUAGCUGUGGGAGACUAUACACAAUUUGUACGGAAACUUAAACUUACAAAUCCUGACCUGGAGAGAUAUGUGAUAGAUAAAGAAAAGGAAAUUAAAAGCAUUGUUGAUGGAGGUUCAUCACCAGCCAAGCAGCAAAGGCCAGAAGAUCAAGGCCAGCAACAGUCUACAGCAGACACAAGCCGAGACAAAAAAAUCCAUUCUGGCUUGGAACCCAUGAUAGAAACAGCAAAAGCCAGAAUUAAAAAAGAAAAAGGAAAAAAGAUACAAUUCCACCCCACCAAAGGUUUCCGGGAUGCUAAAGAAAAGCUCCAAAAGAACAGGGUUGUUGUCAUCAAGGGAAACACGGGAGACGGUAAAACAGCUAUCGCCAUCCAACUCCUUCAUUGGCUGAGUGAGGAGCAGCAAGCCGGACAACCCCUACAACUUCACAAGAUUGAAGAUUUACGAUUAUUGGCUCCAAAAUUAAAAUUGAUCACUUUUAUUGAUGAUAUUUUUGGUGAGAAAGAUGUGUUCAUAAAGGAUGUACAAGAGUGGAACAAAAGAAUCUCGGAUGUAAAAACACUUUUUGUAGAUGAACAAAUAACCCAGCCCAAUUUUCUCAUCAUUACUAUCCGUAAUGAAGUAUUCAAUGCUUUGGAACAUCGUUCUCUUGGAACAAUUUUAACCAAAGAUAACAUUAUUGAUCUGAGCUCAAAAACAUACAAAGUUGCAGAAGACAAAAAAAUACUUUUACAGCUGUAUGAGCCAGAACUCUUUUCAUGGACAGACACAGAAAAAAAACAAAUUUCAACCUAUGCGCCAAACAUUGGAUUCCCACAAUGUUGCCAGCUUUUCUACAAUUCUGAAGAAUUGCAGAGAGAGCGAGUUAGAUUUUUUGAAAGUCCUUUUCGAUUUUUGAAAGAAGUAUUGUCAAGAUUACAAGAAUGUUCUGCCCUUUUGUAUCUCUUCCUCAAUGACGGAAUGAUAAGAGUAGAAGAUCUGGAUCCAAACAGUAAAAAUGUCAAUGAAACAUUUCUGGAACAAGCAAUUUCAAUAAAGUUGAUUGGUGGUAAAAAACACACAGUCACUCCGUUAUGUAAUAAAAUUGAAAAAGUGGGAUUUAUAAAGGACAGUUUAGAUGAAUUAUUAGACUUUUUGGUAAAGAAGGAGAAACAAUGGUUUAGUGAGGAUGUGUACAGAUUUAAUCAUGAUUCUAUUUAUGUUGCUGUGGCAAUUUUGUAUGGAAAAGUCACACCGAUCGGCUACAUACAGAAUUGUCCCAGGAAAUCCCUCGGUUAUCUAACAACCUCAAAAACAGCUACAAACAUGAUUGUCAUAUCAUCUGAUCAUUAUACAGAAAUGUGUGAGCGUCUACUCCGAGAGUUUGAAUGUAAUAAGUAUCUAUAUGGUACUGGUAGUGGCUCUCUAGAUGUAUGGAACAAUUCUGAUUUUGUUGCAAGAUUUGUCAGGUUGUUGAAUGACAGAAACAUUGAUAAACUUGCCGUUUUGAAUGAAGCAUGUUCUUGUGGUGCAGCUGAAUGUGCUUCAUCUCUUCUGUCAGAAGGUGUAAAACCUGACAAGAACACAGCAUUGUCAUUGGUUAGAGGACAUUGGAAUGAUAGUAACAGACAAGUGUGUUUUCUUGGGAAAAUUGUUGUAUACUUAAAUGAUGAGACAAAAGUUGAUAUGUUGAAUGAAGCAUGUUCUUCUGGUGCAGAAGAAUGUGCUUUAUAUCUUCUGUCAGAAGGUGUAAAACCUGGCAAGGACACAGCAUUGUCAUUAGUUAGUGGGUAUGGGAAGGAUAAGAACAGACAAAUGUGUCUACUUAGGAAAAUUGUUGUAUACUUGGAUGAUGAGACAAAAGUUGAUAUGUUGAAUGAAGCUUGUUCUUUUGGUGCAGAAGAAUGUGUUUUAUAUCUUCUGUCAGAAGGUGUAAAACCUGACAAGUACACAAGAUGGUGGUCAUUGAUUGACAGACAUCGGAAUGAUAACACUGGAGAGGUGUGUACUUAA